GUUUUCUUUAGCAGCCUUCUGGGACUGGAUAAGAACCUCUCAUCCCCGUUCUCACAAGUCACAAACACAUCGGACAUGGGGGAGGUGAUGGAGGAAUCACCGAGCUUCAAGCUUUUUGGCGCCCUGAUCGUGAGGGAGCACAGGCGGGCCGAGGAGAAGGAGGAUGCGGUUCAGCGACCGGCGGCGGACGAGUCGGCGAGGAGAGUGGCGGCGCUGCCGUGCCCGAGGUGCAAGAGCGAGGAGACCAAGUUCUGCUACUUCAACAACUACAACGUGAACCAGCCGCGGCACCUGUGCAAGGCCUGCCGCCGUUACUGGACCGCCGGAGGCGCCAUCCGCGACGUCCCCGCCAAGGCCACAACCCGGCCGCGAGGGGGAGUCGUCGCCAGAGCCGCCCAGGGUUGACCUGGCCGUAGGGCGUUGACUUCUCGGAAGGUGCAGUUUGGGCGUUGACCGCAGGUGUUUUCAAAAUAAUUGUUGGAUUAAUUUUCUGCCCCAAAAUUGUAUCUAUUGGAAUAUUUGUUGCAAUAUAAAUUACGCAAUUAUUUUUGGAGAUUAGUUAUUGUGAUCCAUAUACAUUAUUUCUUU